AUGCCAUCAAAUUUGAAUAUAGUGAAGGUUACAAAACCACAAGAAGAAAAUAAGAAUUUUUUACACAAAAACACGAAUGAACCCAAUGAAAUGGAACAAUCGCAGACACAAGAAGCAGUUACAGAAAAUUUUACCGAAAACAGUAAUCUCAGUGCAAAUGAACAUGCAGCUAGGAGGGGUAGAUUAAAUUUGAAAACAGUUGAUCACAUAGAAACUUAUCCAAUAGUGCAAGAAACAGAAGAGAUUGCAAAGAAGAUUGCUCUAACGAGAAUUAUUUUAGCACAAACAAAGCCUAGAAUCGAUAAAGUGGUAGUGUCACGUCCCGUUCAAGCCGUAGCACCAGUGGUCAAUUUUUUUGACAAGAUGGCCAAUUCGACUUUAAGUACAGUAGAGCGCGUUGUCCCUUCUUUGAAAACAAAAACUUAUAAAAGAUUAGGUGAGGAAAUUGCACUUCCGUAUACUUUGUCGAAAAAGUAUGGAAAGCAGCUCAGGGAUACGACAGCAAGAAAUGGAGACAACUAUGUUUACCAACCUGUCCAUGGAAGGUUGAUGAAAUUUAGGAAGUACUAUAAUGAAAAAUUCAUAGACACAAAGGGCAAGCCUUUGAUAAGGGGGCAACUUGACCCUGUUUUGUUACCAGUCAAUAAUACAUUCGAAAAGGUAACGGUAAAGUAUUUGCCCAAAGGUAAGAAAGUUCCAAAUGAUUCCUUUUCUUGUGAGUUUAAUAGGGGGCUAGCUUUAGAAUACAAUUUUAUGACAAGAGCAGUUUCUGCAGUUAGUCAUCAAGUUGUUGGUAUUGCAAAGCUUCCCAUUGCCUAUGGAUAUCAUACAAACUCUGUUUAUAAUAAAAACUUAGACAAACAGGCCGAUUUAAAAAUGAAAAAUGUAUUGAGAGGUACUUGGGAUACCAUAACUGAUUUAGAACGCGAAAUUUGGGCCUCUGUCACCGAUAGAAGUUUGUUUAGAUUUUUUGGCAACAAAUCUGAGGGAGGAGAUUUACCACAUCUAGUACAAUAA